GACGGGAUCUUUCUCGUGCCGUCGCCACGACACGAGUCCAUUACCGGCUGCAUCAGUAAUUAACGGGGAGGGGGAAGGGAAGUCGAUACAUGGCAGCAUGGCGGGGUGGAGGGUUUAUGGGCAGCAGGGGCAGGAGACUUUCCAUUCCAGAUACAGUCUCCGGGAGUUCCUGGUAACGAACAAUGCGAUGGAAACAGGGGAAUCAAUUGCCAGUGAGAGGGAGGAACGCGAGAUAGUCGGGGUAGAGGGUGGUAAAGGUUCGGAAGAGCGCCGCGCGAAAUCGAUCGCGAUCUUCGCAUGUGGGGAUGGUCCCCGUUAUCAGGCAAUAAACCUCAAUCAUAUUGUGGCCUCGCCACGCGGCAUUGAAAAGCAAGACAUGGAGGCAAAAGGCCGGGACGACGCACCGGAGGGAGGGAUGGGGAUGCACAACGAUAGCGAGGCGAGCGGCGUAGAAGUGGCGGAAGGUACUGCGGGGGAACGAAUUGGAGGGGAACGUGACGGGGGUGGUGAGCUGGCGAAGGGUGAAGUAGUCAAGGGGACGGCGACGAAGACCGAUCGCCCGUAUCGGUACGUCGGCGAACUGGGGGAUGGGUUGGGGAGGAGGGGGAUCGGCUUCGUCGCCGUGCCGAUGGGGCCGGAGUCGUGGCCACGAGGUUGCCAUCUUCAGGUCGGGGCGGCUCCGGAUCUCGGUUUGGGUCAUUGCAGAUCUACAGACUCGCCGCACUUGCGAGUUCAAACUCCGUCUUCCCAGCCGCGAUCUCUUCUCUUUUACGGGCUGCCUCGGGAUCUUCCGCCUCUGUUCCUGUGCGCAGCGCUUCUUCUGGCACGGCUUCCCACUCCGAUCUAGCGGAUUCUUCCUCGUGCCCUUCUUCUCCUUCGUCGUCUUCUUCUUCUUCUUCUCUUGGCUCCCCCUCG